GAGAGCUCUAACUCCCGAUCAGUGAGACACAGGCAGACAGACAGACAGGCGGGCAGGCAAGCAGACAGACAGGCACACAGACUGACUGACAGACACACCGCCGGACCAUCAUGGACUGGAUCAGGACAGAGCAACCCGUCUCCGGAUGAGACAGGACGGCCUGGCUUCUGUUUUUUGGGGGGACUCUGCUAUAGAUACGUGGAAUAACCGACAACCUAUUGGGAGAUUUAACCCCGUGCUACCCGUGAUGGAAUAUUUACACUCUUCUCAUUUUCUAAUUUUUCUCCUCUUCUCUUCCUCCUCCUUCUCUUCCUCCACCACCACCUCCACCUCCUCUUCUUCAUCCUCUCACAUUUUGACACGCUGCUGAAGAUGCGCACGAAUGCGUCUUUUGCGCACUUCCAUUGCGACCGUCACUGACAGCGCCCGUGCUUUGUAACCUUUUGAAACCUUAUUUUUCUUUCAAGACAACAAGGGAGAGGAGAGAAAGAAACAGGAGAGAAGGAGAGCGAGGUGUGAAUUGAAUUGAACGCGGUGCUGGUCUCAUGUUUCUCGCCUAGGGCCCGGAUGUACCGAGAGAUGCACCGGUGCGUUUUCCCAACCGGUUCCGCCGAAAGCUCCCUCUUUUUUCUCGCCUUCACCUCCAUCAUGGGGAUUAGGUAAUAUUCACUCCAUCCGAAGAAACCCUCCCCAUAAACAAAAAAUAACGGAAUACCCAAGACUGUCCGUGCCAGACAGUUCUUUCUUCUUUUUUCCCCUCUUUUAAUUUCUUUAUUUUUGGGGGGCUUUUUUUCCUCGUUAUUUUCCCUCCGCCUCUCCAGCUUUUUUCCCCCUCUCCGUGUCUCUUCCAUUCACCUAUAGGGAUAACGCCGGACUACAUUUAUGGUAAAUGAAAGCAAAAACAUGUACAUCCCGGAGGACACCCUUGAGAACCAUCAAGGCUCCGACUACUCUCCCCCUCCCCCCCUUCCUCGCCCUCCUCCCCCCGGCCUGACCAACGAGCACAGUGGCGGUGGCAGCCACGGUGACCAUGGUGGAGGAGGGGGCGGGGUCAACCACGGGGUGGGCGUGGUGGGCCUAGCCCCGGAGCACAUCGCCACACCGGGGGCGGCCCUAAGCUGGCAGGCGGCCAUCGACGCCGCAAGGCAGGCGAAGUUGAUGGGCAACGCUGCAUCGGGCGGAGGGGCGGGGCUCGGGUCAGGAGGGGGCGGGCCCAUCUCCACGGCCAGCUCCACGCAAAGGAAGAGACAACACUAUAGCUCUAAGCCCAAGAAACAGACAACGACGACAGCCACAAGACCGCCACGGGCCCUACUCUGUCUCACACUCAAGAACCCUAUCCGCAGGGCCUGCAUCAGCAUCGUAGAGUGGAAACCAUUUGAGAUCAUCAUCCUGAUGACCAUUUUCGCCAACUGUGUGGCCUUAGCCGUCUACAUCCCCUUCCCUGAGGAUGACUCAAACGCCACCAACUCCAACCUGGAGCGUGUGGAGUAUCUGUUCCUCAUCAUUUUCACGGUGGAGGCAUUCUUGAAGGUAAUAGCCUACGGCCUGCUCUUCCACCCCAACGCCUACCUGAGGAACGGCUGGAAUCUGCUGGACUUCAUCAUCGUAGUCGUAGGGUUAUUCAGCGCGAUCCUGGAGCAGGCCACCAAGGGGGACGGGGCCACUCCUAUUGGAGGGAAGGCGGCGGGCUUCGAUGUCAAGGCUCUGAGGGCAUUCAGAGUACUCAGACCCCUCAGACUGGUCUCUGGAGUACCCAGUUUACAGGUAGUGUUGAACUCCAUAAUCAAAGCCAUGGUUCCUCUGCUCCAUAUCGCCCUGCUGGUCCUCUUUGUCAUCAUCAUCUAUGCCAUCAUCGGCCUGGAGCUCUUCAUGGGCAAGAUGCACAAGACCUGCACUCACAAGCACACAGGCGCCAUUGUGGGAGACAAGCCGGCACCGUGUGCACCAGACUUAGCUUACGGUCGACACUGUAACCAAAAUGAAACAGAGUGCAGAAUGGGAUGGGAGGGCCCAAACGACGGCAUCACCAACUUUGACAACUUUGCCUUCGCCAUGUUGACCGUGUUCCAGUGUAUAACCAUGGAGGGCUGGACGGACGUGUUGUACUGGAUGCAGGAUGCUAUGGGCUAUGAGCUGCCAUGGGUCUAUUUUGUCUCUCUCGUCAUCUUCGGCUCCUUUUUCGUUCUCAAUCUCGUUCUGGGGGUGUUGAGCGGAGAGUUUUCCAAGGAAAGAGAGAAGGCCAAGGCGCGUGGUGACUUCCAGAAACUCAGAGAAAAACAGCAACUGGAGGAGGACCUCAAGGGCUAUUUAGACUGGAUCACUCAGGCUGAAGACAUCGACCCAGAGAAUGAAGAGGAGGGCUUGGAUGAUGACAAACCUAGAAACCUGAGCAUGCCAGCCAGCGAAAAUGAAUCAGUCAACACAGACAAUGCCCCCGGGGGAGACGUGGAGGGGGAGACCUGCUGUACCCGGCUAGCAAAUAGGAUCUCCAAAUCCAAGUUCAGUCGAUACUCUCGGAGGUGGAACAGGCUGUGUAGGAGGAAGUGCCGGGCGGCGGUCAAAUCGCAGGUUUUCUAUUGGCUGGUCAUCUUCCUGGUUUUCCUCAACACCCUGACCAUCGCCUCUGAACAUCACAAGCAGCCUCAGUGGUUAACUGAUGUACAAGACAUAGCCAACAAGGUGUUGCUAGCACUCUUCACUGGUGAAAUGUUGUUGAAGAUGUACAGUCUGGGUUUGCAGGCGUACUUUGUCUCGCUCUUCAAUCGCUUCGACAGCUUUGUUGUAUGUGGAGGAAUCCUUGAGACCAUUCUGGUGGAAACCAAAAUCAUGUCUCCUCUCGGCAUCUCUGUGUUACGUUGUGUACGUUUGCUGCGAAUCUUCAAAAUAACCAGAUACUGGAACUCCCUGUCCAACCUGGUGGCCUCCCUGCUCAACUCUGUUCGCUCCAUCGCUUCCCUGUUGCUGCUGCUCUUCCUCUUCAUCAUCAUCUUCUCCCUGCUCGGCAUGCAGCUCUUCGGAGGGAAAUUCAACUUCGACGAGACCCGACGCAGCACCUUUGACAACUUCCCCCAGUCUCUGCUCACCGUGUUUCAGAUCCUAACAGGAGAGGACUGGAACUCUGUGAUGUAUGAUGGUAUCAUGGCGUACGGUGGACCAUCCUUUCCCGGCAUGCUUGUCUGCAUCUACUUCAUCAUCCUUUUCAUCUGCGGAAACUAUAUCCUACUGAAUGUCUUCUUGGCCAUUGCUGUCGACAAUCUGGCAGACGCUGAGAGCUUGACAUCCGCCCAGAAAGAAGAGGAGGAGGAGAAAGAGAGGAAAAAACUGGCCAGGUUGGCCAGUCCGGAGAAGCGUCAUGACAACGAGAAGCCGCCUCUGGAGGAGGAGAAGAAGGAGAAGAUAGAGCUGAAGUCCAUCACUUCUGACGGAGAGACCAACACUGCUGCUAAGAUAAACAUGGAUGACUACUGUGGAGAUGAGAGUGAAGAGAAGAACCCAUACCCUGCCAAUGAUUACAUAGGUAACGCACAAACCAGAGGAGACGAUGAUGAUGAAGAGCCAGAGAUGCCAGUGGGCCCAAGGCCACGGCCUCUCUCCGACAUUCAGCUGAAGGAGAAAGCUAUUCCCAUGCCCGAGGCCCGUGCGUUCUUUGUCUUCAGCCACACCAACCAAUUCAGGGUUCUGUGCCAUAAGAUCGUCAACCACAACAUCUUCACAAACCUCAUCCUCUUCUUCAUCCUGCUCAGCAGCAUCAGUCUGGCAGCAGAGGACCCAGUCAAGAACGACUCCUUCAGAAACCAGAUCCUGGGCUAUGCAGACCAUGUCUUUACUGGACUCUUCACCAUAGAGAUCAUUCUUAAGAUGACAGCCUAUGGGGCCUUCCUCCAUAAAGGUUCAUUCUGUAGAAACUAUUUCAAUAUUCUGGACCUGGUGGUGGUCAGUGUGUCCCUCAUCUCCUCUGGAAUACAGUCCAGUGCAAUCAAUGUGGUGAAGAUCCUGAGAGUUCUGCGAGUGCUCAGACCACUGAGGGCCAUCAACAGAGCCAAAGGACUAAAGCACGUAGUGCAGUGCGUGUUUGUGGCCAUCAGGACCAUCGGCAACAUUGUCAUCGUCACCACGUUGCUCCAGUUCAUGUUCGCCUGUAUUGGAGUACAACUUUUUAAGGGCAAGUUCUUCUUCUGUACCGACAGCUCUAAACAAACUCAGGCAGAGUGCAGGGGUUCCUACAUCAUGUACAAGGAUGGUGAUGUGGGGAAGCCUGCAAGAGCCCCGAGAGUUUGGGAAAACAGUGACUUUAACUUUGACGAUGUCCUGCAAGGCAUGAUGGCUCUGUUCGCUGUGUCUACCUUUGAGGGCUGGCCAGGGUUACUGUACCGCGCCAUAGACUCUCACGCUGAGGACGUCGGGCCCGUCUACAACUACCGCGUGGUCAUCUCCAUCUUCUUCAUCAUCUACAUCAUCAUCAUUGCCUUCUUCAUGAUGAACAUCUUCGUCGGUUUCGUCAUCGUCACAUUCCAGGAGCAAGGAGAGCAAGAAUAUAAGAACUGUGAGCUGGACAAGAACCAGCGUCAGUGUGUGGAGUAUGCUUUGAAGGCACGUCCGUUGCGUCGCUACAUCCCCAAGAACCCUUACCAGUACAAGGUGUGGUAUGUGGUCAACUCCACCUACUUUGAGUACCUGAUGUUCACACUCAUCCUUCUCAACACCAUCUGUCUGGCCAUGCAGCAUCAUGGACAGACCAAAGGUUUCAAUGAUGCCAUGAACAUCCUCAACAUGCUCUUCACUGGACUCUUCACUGUAGAGAUGAUCCUUAAACUGAUCGCCUUCAAACCCAGGGGGUACUUUAGUGAUCCCUGGAAUGUGUUUGAUUUCCUCAUCGUAAUUGGCAGCAUAAUAGACGUCAUUCUCAGUGAGAUCAACCCAGCUGACUCCUCCUCGUCCUCGUCCUCCUCCUCUUCGCCCUCCUCCUCCUCCUCUUCCUCCUCUCACCCCCCUGUGGUAAGGCCAAUGGGACUGCAGAACUCUGAAGAGAACGCCAGGAUCUCCAUCACCUUCUUCCGACUGUUCCGCGUGAUGAGGCUGGUGAAGCUGCUGUCUCGCGGGGAAGGGAUUCGGACCCUGCUGUGGACCUUCAUCAAAUCCUUCCAAGCUCUGCCCUACGUAGCUCUGCUUAUAGUGAUGCUAUUCUUCAUAUACGCUGUCAUCGGCAUGCAGAUGUUUGGUAAGAUAGCGCUGCGGGACCACACGCAGAUCAACAGGAACAACAAUUUCCAGACGUUCCCUCAGGCAGUGCUGCUGCUGUUCAGAUGUGCAACAGGUGAGGCAUGGCAGGAGAUCAUGCUGGCGUGCUCGUACAGUCGGCCGUGUGAGAAAGGAUCAACCAACGAGAACAACGCAGGCAAUGAGGACUGUGGCAGCCAGUUUGCCAUCAUUUACUUUGUCAGCUUCUACAUGCUCUGUGCCUUUCUGAUCAUCAACUUGUUUGUGGCUGUCAUCAUGGACAACUUCGACUACCUGACACGUGAUUGGUCAAUCCUGGGGCCGCAUCAUCUCGACGAAUUCAAGAGGAUCUGGGCUGAAUAUGACCCAGAAGCUAAGGGGAGGAUAAAGCACCUGGAUGUGGUGACUCUGCUGAGGAGAAUCCAGCCUCCCCUCGGCUUUGGAAAGCUCUGUCCUCACAGGGUGGCGUGCAAGCGUCUGGUGUCGAUGAACAUGCCUCUGAACAGCGAUGGAACAGUGAUGUUCAACGCCACGCUGUUUGCCCUGGUCAGAACCGCACUCAGGAUCAAGACAGAAGGUAACCUGGAGCAGGCCAAUGAGGAACUGAGGGCAAUAGUGAAGAAGAUCUGGAAGAGAACCAGCAUGAAGCUCUUGGAUCAAGUGGUGCCCCCUGCUGGAGAUGAUGAGGUAACAGUUGGGAAGUUCUACGCUACCUUCCUCAUCCAGGAAUAUUUCCGCAAGUUUAAGAAGAGGAAAGAACAAGGGCUGGUGGCCAAGGUGGCUCCCAAAACUGCCCUCUCUCUGCAGGCGGGCCUGCGGACACUGCAUGACAUCGGUCCAGAGAUUCGGAGGGCCAUCUCUGGAGACCUGACUGUGGAGGAGGAGCUGGAUAAAGGCCUGAAGGAGCCGGUGUCAGCUGCAUCCGAGGACGAUAUCUUCAGGGUAAAGCGUACAGGUGGGUUGUUCAGCAACCAUGUCAACUACUACAACCAGAGCGAUGGCCGCAGUUCCUUCCCGCAGUCCUUCACCACCCAGCGUCCCCUGCACAUCAGCCAGAAGGGCUCCCCUUGCGAAGGAGAGAGCCCGUCCCACGAGAAGCUCAUGGACUCGACCACUUUCACCCCUUCCUCGUACUCCUCAUCAGGCUCCAAUGCUAACAUCAACAAUGCCAACAACACGGGCAUGGUCGGGGUGGCGACCCAGGGCAUCAGUCGAUUCCCAAGCCCGUCCAUAAGCACUGUGGACGGGCACACAGGACAGCCGCUCACCCCCAUCCUGCUGCCAAGAUCCGCAUGGUGCUUUCCUCCAAAGAGGACGUGUUUUUAUGACACCCUCAUGCGCUCGGACUCAAGUGACAGCCGCUUGCCAAUCAUCCGAAGAGGCGAGGGGUCAACGGAGGAGACGUACGAUGAGAGCUAUGGCGACGACAGGGAGUACCAUGAGGACGACCACUCGCUCUCCUCUGAGAUGCUGGUGUAUCAUGAUGAAACAUGUAAGCAGUUGGCUCCCAUGGAGGAAGGAGAGGAUGUAGAAGAGAGAAGAGGAGGAGGGUGGCAGUCUCCGAGAAGAGUCUUCCUCUGCCCCACAACUCUGGGGAGGAGAUCGUCCUUCCAUCUGGAGUGUCUAAGGAGACAGUCAAGGCCAGAUGUCUCCCAGAAGACGGCUGUACCGCUACACCUUGUACAUCAUCAGGCUCUGGCAGUUGCAGGGUUGAGUCCUCUGCUAAGAAGGAGUCACUCACCUACCCUCUUCAGCCGGCUGUGCUCCACGCCUCCGGCCAGUCCCACAGCCCUUGGCAGUGAUGCCUCCUACCAGCGAGUGCCCUCUCUGAGGCUAGAGGGCUCCAACUCCCAUGAAAAGCUCAAUACCAGCUUGCCCUCUGUCAACUGUGGGCCUUGGUACAGCGACAGUAAUGGGAACAGCCGAGGGCCCAGUCCUAGCCCCACCCCCAGCGUUUCAGUGUCCAAUCAAAGACCACCACGGCCGGUGUCACUCACAGUGCCCUCGCUACUGGGAAAAGACUCCAGCUCACUGUGCCACGGCAGUGCAGGCAGUCUGGUGGAGGCGGUGCUAAUAUCAGAGGGGUUGGGUCAUUUCGCCCAGGACCCGUCGUUCAUCGAGGUGACCAAAGCCGAGUUGGCAGACGCAUGCGACAUGACCAUCGAGGAGAUGGAGCACGCUGCCAACAACAUUCUCAACGGCAACACCGCCACAAAUGCCACAUCCAGCACCUCCUCCACCUCCCAGCACAGCCCCAAUGGCAACCUCCUCCCCUUUCACACAGCAGCAGCAGCAGCAACGCACAGGGACCGUGUGGUCAGCGAGGGCGGGGAAGAGGCCGGGGGAAGCAGAGGCUCCAUCCACGGGCCGUCCUCGGUGGAGGAGCGGCAGGAGCUGCUAGCAGGGGGGAGGGGACAAGAGGAGGAGGAGGAGGAAGAGGCGGGAGAGAGGGAGGAGGUACACCACAGAAGCUCAGUUGUGAUUGGAGGAGCACGGCAGAGUAACAGCGGGCCGUUGGAGGACGAGGAUAUGGAGUGUGUGACAAGUUUGUAGGAGUUGGAUUGACGGGUUCGAUCGGCCAACUGGCCCCUCUGACAUCAUCAGAGACUGACGCUUGUCAGUGCUGGGUAACGGCGCCACAGCUGGCUCUGUCUGUCCCCACCCCUCCCACGCACGCAUACACACACACACACACACACACACACUGUCUGCCUCUCUGCCAAACAUAACUGCUCUGGACAAUGGCGGCCAGUGACGCAACUUUAAACACCUGGUCAUGACUUUGUUGGUUUAUAUGAGUUUGUACGUGCGUGAAUGUUUGUAGUCAAGAAUACCACACUAUACUCUAUAAUAUCUGAGUGUAUGUAUGUGUGCGUGUGUGUGUGUGAGUGUGCGUGCGUGCGUGUGUGUGAUCUAUGAUUUUCUCUAUUUGUACGUGUACAUGAGUGCGUGUGUUCUCCACACGUGUCUGAGUGUGUCUCUAAAGUGCCUCACAGUUUUAUCAUGUCCUCAAAGCGUGAAGAGCAGAAAAGUAGAGACAAGCAAAAAAAGUGAGGGGAAAGUAGGGAUGAAGGAAAGGUAGAGAGGAAACAACAGAGGCAGGAAGUCCUUUUAUGGACGUCCCGCAGUCUACAUAGUGUGUUUAUCGUUUUCAUUUCCUAUGCCUACUUUGGUGUUGUUAUUGUUGUUUGUCUGGCCGCCAUAAAGCCAGGUAGGGGACAGCAGACCAGCUUGUGGAGGGGAGGGGUCAGUUAAGGAUUCAAAUCUGACCGCACCCACUUGUGGUCAAAGGUCAACUCCUCCUUCUCGGUUCACUGAUGAUGAAGCGCUGUAUUGAGUAAACGGGGGCGAGGAAAACCCUGUUUGAAAUCUCAUUUCUCUUCCUCUUCCAAAGCUAAAGGAACCUUGGAGCACAGCCCUGCCAGCCUGGGGGUGGCAUUAAGGUGACACACCACCCCCAGCCAAAGGGGGGGGGGGGGGAUUUGAGGGAUGGACAAACAGCCACAACAGGGCUUCUGUAGGGGGCCACGGGCAGAGAGAGACACUCUCUGGCCAACAGGAAGCUAGCCAGCUCUUUUAUCCGCUGGUCGAUAAGACGCCAGCGAGAGACAAACUCACCUCGUUCGUCACCUUGAUCUGGCUUUGCCUCCUCCGCCGCUUUUCCUCGUUUGGCCACACCCACUUCCUGCCCCAAACAGGAAAUGGGAGGAGCAUUUGGUGGCUAAGCAGAGACAGCGAGCCCCCUUUUCUGCCUCAUACCUCGCCGUUCCUCACUCCUCCCUCUCUCCUUCCUCCCUCCUCUUUGGUUAUUCCACCGCCCCUCUCCCUCCAUCGCUGGGUUUUUGCUUUUUCAGCCCUCGGGAGGCGAGUGUGUCGAACAGGUCAACAGAGGCGGAGGGUGGAGGAGCGGACGGGAGUGACCCGAUUGAAAAGAAAACAGACUCUGGGCAUGGAUCUACAGAGGAUCUAUCCGUCAAUCAACCUCACUUCCUCCUCCGAGACCCUCCUCUUCCUCUCAGCGUGGAAUCCUGUUGGAUUUGCUGCCACACACACUCUCUCUACAGACCACACCCACUAUGUAUUUAACAGUUCAAUAUUGUGCAAAACUGGCUAGCCAUGACUAUUUUGUUUUAUAUUCAUGAUGUUAUUGGUUUAAUUUAUCCUUGAUUUGUUUGCACAAUCGGGGUGCUGGUCUUAUAAAUGUAUUUUUGCUCGGUUUAUUUUAGGAGAAUUUUAAGAGGUUUUAAGUAUCGAAGCAGGGCGUAGUGUUUGCGUGCGAGUGUAUAAACUAUAUUUGUGCGUGCGGGUGUGUGUCUGCGUUUUAGUACAGGAUGUGUGUACGUACGAAUGUGUGAGAUAGCGUGUGUAUCUAAAAGGGGGGUCUUUCUCUCUAUCAGUAUGCACCUUUUACAGAUUGUAUCUAUUUAUUUAUUUAUUUUUCCCAGAAGAGAAAAAAAUGUGUGCGAGGAUGUGCGUUUGUAUGCGUGCCUGUGUCCGAGUGGUUAGUUAUGUAUUCUAAAAAGCUGAUUUUAAGCCUAGACAGUAAAUUAAGGUAGCAUUACAAGUAUGGUAUUGUGUGUGUGCAAGAAUGUGUGCGAGGGUGUGUGUGAGGAUGCGAGUGUGUGUGUGAUAAUGGGCCUCCUUAACACAGGGUUACCAUGGACAGGCAUGCUUCCAAAGCUUUGUGAUUUCUUUAGCACGGUUUUUACUUUUUAGCCAAGCUGCAGAGUCAGAAGCCACUCUAUCUUUGAAAUUUAGUCAUUGCAUAACUUUCCUUUAUUUCUGUUUAGAGGUAAUUAGGUGUAAGGUCUCCAGCGAGGUCAGAGUGACGGUUCAGUUUACAGUGGUGAUGAGUUUCGGCGUUGCAGCUUGGCCAGAAGGGAACAAGCCUUUUGGCAAAUUGCUGCUUUUCUUCUUUACGGUGGAUGGUCACUCUGAAUGGUAGAAGCACCAAAUUCACACUGCCACAGUGACGCCUCAUGAAUGAACUGGGGGUGGGGGAGGGGUGACACCCUGAUCGCUUGGCUGUAACGCACCAUAAUCACAUGAUUUCCUCAUUUAAUCAUAGUUUAAACUCCAAAUGAACUAUUAGGGCUGGUGUACAGAUGCUGCAAGACUUCUGAAUCACAUCUCUUUGUCUGAGGUCUGCUCAUAUCACGAAACAUUAUGAUUUAAUGUCAUUGUUAGAAAUAAAACAGCUCCUUGUCUGUAAUAUGAUUUACUGUUAAAUCUAAUUAUACUACAGACAGGCGAUUUACUGUUAAGUGAUAAGAUGUGAUAAUUGUUUGGUUAAACAAUUGGAUGCAGAUCAGAGACCUGUCAGCUCGAGGAUCCCCUGGUGUGAUUUCUGUCUUUUCAUUUUCUUCUAAUGGCUUUUAGGUAGCAUGCUGAGUACUUUUUACUGAACUUUCUCUAUGAUAGUUUGUUUCUCUAUUAGAGUUUGGAUUCACUUGAGAUAAAGGUAUGACCACAGGACCUCAGGCCUCGGUACACCACACAGGGCACAGGUCUCACCUCGGUAUUGUAUCUUCUCUAGAAGAACAUUCCCCAUGUCAGUAUCACAUCCUUGGUACCAGUUGUCACAUUUAUUACAAAAACUUUAUCGUAAUGAAGACUGACAUGAUUCAACUCUCUAAAAUGUUAUGUAACAGGUUAUGAUAGCCCCUGAAAUUUGCCACCACAGUCUGGAUGCAAAGACAGCUGGACACUAGGCAGGUGUGUCACAACAUACUCUCACUACCAACUCAUCAAAUACCGACACCUUGUCAGUGGACCUACACGUCAAACUAUAAGGUACCACUCCAUCGUCAGUUUUUUUGACAUUCAGGGACCGUUUAUUGAUCUAUGCUCGAACCUGCAUUGUGUCUUUGCAAAAUAAACAAAUGUUUUCACAGGAAAUACACACUUUCUCCUCAUUAAAUGCAUACAGUCUUUUGU